AUGGACUCGAGGAAACGGGAGGCGGACGAGGAGGAGCAGACCUUCUUACCUAAAUCCGGAUCCAAUGAAGAUACCACGACCGGCUUCUCGACCGUGUGCCUGAAAUGCGACGGCAGCACCCCCCGGAAACGGGGCGUGGUUUGGUAUUCGAGGUUGAUCUUGGAGAUUGCCAUGGCGGCCACAAUAAUCUAUCUGCUCGUCGCCAAACCCCUGAUUGUCUCCCGCGAGACUCUCCGGCGGACACCGGUGCCUAAUUUACCACGGAAGAUUUACACCUUCCAGGACAACCCCAAAUACCUCCGCGGUGACAUGUGGUUCAACGAGACGUUGACCCUCCACACUCUCCACAACUGGAUCGAGUUGAGCUCAGAAAGCCGAGGCUAUGUCGUCGUCGACGAUGCCAGCCGCUACGACCUCCCGGAGCCGUACACGGUAGCGAUAGACCGGCACAACGACGGGCCGGGGUACAUGAUGACCGUCUUUCACCAGCUACACUGUCUCUCUUACAUCGCCGAGCACUACCAGCAGGGGUACGCCGGUGUCAACCUGACCGAGGAGGUCGCCCACCACACGAGCCACUGCUUCAACUACAUCCGCCAGGGCAUCACGUGCUCCGCCGACACCACGUUGGAGGGCAAGACGGAUGCCGGGCCGGGCGAGGGCUCGGAGCACGAGUGCGUCGAUUACGACGCGCUGCUGGAUUGGGCCAACUCGAACUCGGCCAUGAAAUGGCGGAAUGCUCUGCUGCCGGAAACGUCCAUCCUUUGA